AUGGCUUCAUCACUCCGCACUGUUUACACUCAUCUCGUCGAUCAUGUGAAAAAGUACAAGGUCUUGCAAUCUGUGAGUGCCUUGCUUGAAUGGGACGAACUUGUCAUGAUGCCAAACAAUGGUGCCGAUAGUAGAGGACAACAUAAAACCGUGGUAGCUUCAUUGGCUCAUGAUUUGCAAACCAAUCCUGUGAUUGAGCAAUAUCUUUCUCAGCUUGUGGAACAAGAUCAACAAGACAGCUCGACGGUCAAAGUCAAAUCAUGUUCGGAAUCUGCUUUCAAUGAACAUGAAAUCUCCAACAUUAUUCUCAUUCACAAGGAAUACCAACGAAACACCAAGAUUCCAAAAGAGUUGGUCGAGAGAGCCAGUGAGUUGUCAUCCCGAGGCUAUCAUACUUGGGUCAAAGCAAGAAAGAACAGUAAUUGGGCUGAAUUUGCAGGCGUUAUGCAAGAAUGGAUUGAUAUCAGACGCCAAAUGAGUCUGUUGAUUGCUCCUUCCAAGAACGUGUGUGAUACUUUGUUGGACGAGUAUGAUCCUGGAAUGACUUGCGAGGAGGUUGAUCGUGUCUUUAGCUACAUCAAGAAGGAGUUGGUUCCUUUGAUCCAAGCCAUCCGCAAAAAGGUACAAGAGCAACCUGAAAAGUAUGGUGAUGAAGCCUUGCUUUCCAAAGUACAAUCAAGCAACGAGGGUACCUUCCCGAUUGAGAAGCAAGCUGAGUUGGCCAAGCUUGUAGCAAAAGAUAUUGGCUUUAAUUUUGAGGGAGGUAGAUUGGACGUUUCCGUACAUCCCUUCUCUACUUCAUUCUCAACUGAUGAUUUGAGAAUUACCACAAGAUAUGACUCGAAAGAAUUUGUGAACGGAUUGGCAGGAGUCAUUCACGAAACAGGUCACUCACUCUAUGAAGGAGGUUUAAACAAAGCUUAUGCCUAUCAACCUGUGCAAGCAGCAUUGGGAACAACUAUCCAUGAAUCACAAUCUCUAUUUUGGGAGCGUCAUGUAGGAUUGUCAUUGCCAUUCUGGAAGAAGUGGUAUCCAGUAGCAGAAGAAAUGUUCCCCUAUCUCAAGGAAAAGAAUAAUUCCAUCGACGACGUCUAUAGAGCUGUAAAUGUUGUUACAUUGAAUAACUUUAUCAGAAUUGAGAGUGAUGAGUUAACAUAUCCAAUGCACGUUAUUUUGAGAUUUGAAAUUGAAAAGGCCCUCUUUGACGGUUCUCUUAAGGUUGAAGAUGUGCCAAAAGCUUGGAAUCAAAAGUUUAAGGAAUAUCUCGGAUUGGAUGUUCCAAGCGAUUCCAAGGGUGCCUUACAAGAUGUACACUGGUCUUCAGGUGCAUUCUUUUAUUUCCCAACAUACUUAUUGGGUGCUGCUGCAUCUGCUCAAAUUUCUUCAUCCAUUCCUGACUUUGAGAAACACAUUCAGGAAAAUAAUUAUCCAUUCCUAAAGAAUUGGUUGAACGAAAACAUUCAUGAAAGAGGCAGUGUCACCUUGAACUCGAAUCGAUUGCUUGAAGUGGCCACAGGUCAAAAAUUGAAUGCAGAAAUUUUUAUCAACUACCUCAAGAACAAGUACUCCAAGUUGUACGACCUUUAA